CCUGGACUAUUGUCUUGAUUAUUGACGGGCCAUCAAGGCCUCAGUGGCUUGAAGUCAAUCACACGUCGGACACGAUGACCCUGAUCUUAUUUUACUUGUCCCAAUGCGAUCAAUACUGCAUCCUUCGGUGGCCCAUGCGCCCGUUCGUUCCAUUUCCAUCACUUGGGUUUUGCCACAUCGCCGAGGCUCGUGACGGCACGUUGAAUGGCGAGUGAAAGGUUUGGGCUGAGUCGCCCCUCUGCCCCUCCAGAACCCCUGGGCUCCUUUGUCGGCGGUCAAAAGCCCUCCAUACAAGAAUAGUACUGUUUGCCCUCUGCAUAGUGGUGCUGUCCUGUGAGGCCGUCCGAAUUUGUCCUCAGUGAUUUUAUGGAUGAUGUCUGGGAGCCCGGCGCUUUUAGCGAACGACGGGCACAAUGCGAUACCUGCAGCUGGCAGAUUCCCUCUCGAUUAUGAUGAGCAGAGUGAGUGCCAUUUCGUCUUUGGUUGGACUGGAACAGUUUCUAACCACAGAAGUCACCAAACAUCCCACGUCACUUAGCAAGAUUCUAAACGCCAUCCUUCCAAGUUUUCUAUUUCCAACACCGCCAAAACCAGCAAAAGCCUCAAGUAACAUCGCCGCCUUAGAUGGCUUACGAGGGGUUGCUUGUUGGGUCGUCUUGAACAGCCAUUGGGCAUGUGCCGUCGAUGAUCCGUGGGAGAACGAUGUCGAAGAGCGUUCUCAAGGCUUCAUGUGGAAGCCUUUUGUUUCACUCGUGUGGGAUGCCGAGUCAAUGGUCAACAUCUUUUUUGUCAUCUCAGGCUACGUUUUGUCGCAAAAGUCCUUGAAGAUGAUUCAUUCCGACCAAUCCAUCCAGAAGACGAUUGCCUCUUCCAUUUUCCGCCGAGCAUUCCGGCUCUUUUUACCGGCUAUUGCAGCUAUUUUCAUCAUUACGAUCUUGGCUCAAAUGAGGAUCUUCGAGGGUGCCAGGUCGAACUUUGAAGCCUUUGAAGGUCUUCUGAGGGAACAGCCGCCCACAAUGGAACCUACAUUCGCUUCUCAGAUCACUGGAGCCUUCAGGGAGGUUCGCGUUCUCCUAAGCGCAUCUCUGCCUGGGGCUGACAGCUUCGAUGGUCUAUUCGACCACGACAAACACCUUUGGACGAUACCUGUCGAGUUCAAGUGCAGCAUGGUCCUUUUCCUCGUCCUGACCGGCACAUCACUACUCAAGACCGGCUGGCGACUGAUCAUUCAUUUCUGUAUCACAUAUUACUGUCUUCUCAAUGAUUUUCGAAACGCGAGCCUAUUUAUUGGAGGAAUGGUGCUGGCAGAGCUUGACAUUAUUAGAAGAAGCCCCGGUGCUUUUCCGGGGACAGGGUCUCAUGGAAGCGGAUUUACGCUACCACUAUUCUUGUCCAAGUACCCCCGAUCACCUCGGUUCGCCACACUGUCAUGGAUCGGUGCCUUCAUUCUCGGCCUUUUCAUCAUGGGUGUUCCUUUGGUCGAGCCGGUCACGAUGCAGCCGCACGCCUGGCUGGCCAGCCUUCUUCCUGAUAUGUGGGACAAGAACAAGGUUUUGCGCGCCAUUGGUUCUAUCAUGACCACAUGGGCGUGUAUCAACUCACCUGCAAUAUCAAGGAUCUUCGCCAGCCGUCUUGCAGAAUACCUGGGCAAGAUCUCAUUUGCGCUUUAUCUGUCUCACGGGAUGGUGAUUCGAUCAUUGGGGUACGUGGUGAUAGGAUUCUUCCGUCGAGUCAUGGGCACCACCACCCGCGAGGAUACCAACCUUCGACAAUUCCUUUUUAUCUGGAUUCUCAGCUAUAUCAUAAUGCUUCCAUUCUGGUUCUGGGCUGCCGAGCUAUUCUGUAAGUUUAUCGAUCUCCCUUCGGUGACCUUCUCAAGGUGGAUCGAGCAACGAAUGUCCCGUCCUGGGCAGACAAAAGCAUGAAUAAGCAAGGAUCAUCAAAAAGGAGGUACUGUGCACAUAAGCAAGCAGAGGCAUCGUUCUUGCAAGGGGUUGAUAGGCUUCGGAUAUGCAAUAAUGAAAGUGAAGAUCAUAUGCCAUUACAAUCAAAUGGUUUGUGUCCGUCAAAAAUAUCGGCACAUAGAAUUCAUUUAUGACUAUUUUCAUAUGGUGCAACCUUGAUACUGGCAAUGUGCAGAACGCUAUCACUCAGGACCAGGACCCCAGCU